AUGGCGGCUCGCGUCGAUAUCAUCUCUUCUAUGACCCCGCCAUUGCGCCGCCCCGAACAUGUUUCGAUCAUAACGAACACUCCCCGUGAACCUUCUUCGCCACCGCACAUCCCGCCGCCGGUCAUAGCGACGACAAUUCAUGAUCUCCCUCCCGAACUCCUUAUCGACGUCUUCAUGCUUGGCCAGAAAGCUCACGCAGAGUCGUACGCUGAGGAACGUGGCGACGUAGGCUGCGUAUUUGUGCCAUUCGAGAUUGUGGCCAGCCAUACUUGUCAGCGAUGGCGCGACAUAGCCUUGAUUACGCCCAAUCUAUGGACAUACGUCGAUUUCAGCGAAGGUUCUGAUUUUGGGCGCUCGAAGACCUAUCUCGAACGCUCUCGUGAUGCACCGCUCGAUAUCAUCAUCGACUGCACUGAACUUCCCGGCGACCGCGACGCGCAGGAAGACGAGCAUGAGGAAAUCUUCGUAAUGCCCGAGCCGCAGCAUGCUCUGCCCCCACCUCCCUCUCCCUCCACUACAACCUUGUCCCUCGCGUCUCGCUCGCAGGCGCGCUCAUCCGCCGCAGGAUAUAUUGCCAGGCGCCCCAGCAUCAGACAUGUAAAUCCGGAAGAUAUUCCCGUUAUCCUGGAUCUCAUUCUUCCACACGCGUAUCGCUGGCGUACUUUCGACUUCCGCGCUUCCUCAUACGUCGCUAUACACGACAUAUCGCACGCUCUUGCGGCACUGCCAGAGGCUCCUCUGCUGGAGGAAUUGCAUCUGCAUCAUUAUAACGAGAGAGACGGAGAUGCCGAGCAUUUUCCUUAUCAGGAGAUGAAGGCAUCCGUGGCGCCAUUCCGCGGAAUCGCCCCGAAGAUGAACAAUGUCUCGCUCUGGGGCGUGCAUCUCGAUUGGGCAAACUGUCCUUUCUUGUGUUCGCGUACUCUUCAACGCCUAGAGCUGGUGUAUCAUGCGAAGGACGUCCGCCCCUCCUUCCCUACUUUUCAAACGAUCUUAUCGAGCGCGCCGCUCACUACUCUCUGUCUCAUCGCGUCGUCGCCCUCCGAAACUCCUGAUAACUGGCCGGCGAAACGCAUUGAUCUAUCGACACUAACCUCUCUCACCCUCGGACAAAUUUCGCCCACACAUGCCUCGGCCCUUCUAUCUCGCUUGCACAUACCCUCGCUCCGGCAUCUCACGUUGGACUUCGACAUGGAUGACUACUCCGAUACCCUCGCCGUCCUGUCCGACCCCGCCCGCGGGCUCGCACAAAAUCUGGAAUGCCUCAAACUUAAGGGUUUGAUGGCAAGCCGUCCAUCUCGGAGAGCAUUCUACGCCGCGUUAACGGGGCUUAAGGAGUUGAAGAUGCAGGCGUGCUAUCUACCUCUGCACUUCAUGGAUGCUCUAAUCCCGGGUGCUCUCAACGAAACCCACCUCCAGCCUGAGGGUUUCCUGCCUUCCGCGUCAAAUGAACUGGUCGCCUUGUCGUCGCUCAAGUCCCUCACGCUGAUGGGUGCCCCCGGCGACCUCCUUCGUCCCCUCGUUGCUGAGCGACGUAUGGCCGGUGCUCCCCUACAAACUCUCAUGGUCGACGCGAGAACUCGCCUAGCAAGAGGGGACGAGGAAUGGUUGCGUGGCAAUGUGGAUAGCUUCGGCUUUUAUGACGCCUCGGAAGACGAAGAUGUGGAUGAGGCAGCCUCGGACUAG